UGGACCCGGGACUCUGCUGUUCUUUUUCUUCCAGCAUGAUCUUCUGUGCCCCCAACUCAUCGCCUGGAAAAGCCCACUCACCCUGUACUAAACCUUCAUCCUCAGACCGUCCUUGAGGAGGAUGACUGAGACACUAUGGGCCACGCGUUGUGUGUCUGCUCUCGGGGAACUGUCAUCAUUGACAAUAAGCGUUACCUCUUCAUCCAGAAACUGGGGGAGGGUGGGUUCAGCUAUGUGGAUCUAGUGGAGGGGUUACAUGAUGGACACUUCUACGCCCUGAAGCGAAUCCUGUGUCAUGAGCAACAGGACCGGGAGGAGGCCCAGCGAGAAGCGGAUAUGCAUCGCCUCUUCCAUCACCCCAACAUCCUUCGCCUUGUGGCUUACUGUCUGAGGGAGCGGGGCGCUAAGCAUGAAGCCUGGCUGCUGCUACCCUUCUUUAAGAGAGGUACGCUGUGGAAUGAGAUAGAAAGGCUGAAGGACAAAGGCAACUUCCUGACUGAGGAUCAAAUCCUUCAGCUGCUGCUGGGUAUCUGCAGAGGCCUUGAGGCCAUUCAUGCCAAGGGUUAUGCCCACAGGGACCUGAAACCCACCAAUAUCUUGAUUGGAGAUGAGGGGCAGCCAGUUUUAAUGGACUUGGGUUCCAUGAAUCAAGCAUACAUUCAUGUGGAGGGCUCCCGUCAGGCCCUGGCCCUGCAGGACUGGGCAGCCCAGCGGUGCACCAUCUCCUACCGGGCCCCGGAGCUGUUCUCCGUGCAGAGUGACUGUGUUAUCGAUGAGCGGACUGAUGUCUGGUCCCUAGGCUGCGUGCUAUAUGCCAUGAUGUUUGGGGAAGGCCCUUAUGACAUGGUGUUCCAGAAGGGUGAUAGUGUGGCCCUUGCUGUGCAGAACCAACUCAGCAUCCCACCAAGCUCAAGGCAUUCUUCAGCAUUGCGGCAGCUGCUGGCUUCGAUGAUGACUGUGGACCCCCAGCAGCGCCCUCACAUUCCUCUCCUCCUCAGUCAGUUGGAGGCACUGCAGCCCCAAGCUGCUGGCCAGCACACUACCCAAAUCUGAACAAACCAGUGGCCACAUUGACAAGGUGGCCCCUUUAUGCCUUGGAAAGAGGCUCUCAUCCAUCAUUGGAAUCUCCAUCCAUUCUAUCCAGGACUGCUCUUUUAUAGUUGGGGACGGGGAUGGGGACCAUCAUCUCAGUACUACAUCUGCUCUUCUGUUCUUACCGCCAAGAGCAAUACCUGGGCAAGGUGCCUGAUUGAGUCGGGGUGGGAGUGGGGGAAAGGGAAACUGAUAGAAUAUGGCUCUGAGCAGGACUGCUGAGCUCACAUCAUGUUCUGCCUCCAAAAAAUAAAGUCAAAGCAGAUUGGCGUGGA